GAGGAAGUAAACAACUCUAACGUUAACGGACAGCACGACUCUCGGUGGUGAAGUUAGCCGCUGCUCUAGUUGGAUGUAGCUGACAUUACAGCCACAUUUGUCAUUAUUUGCCGCCUGGGUUCGCUUGUUGGACCGUUUUCAGACAGUUUGUUUCUCGCUGGACCGGCUCUCCACAUGGCAUCUCUAGUCUGCACUUUGCAACACCAUCAAGACGAUGUCAACUGGUGUGCCUUCUCAGGACAGCUGUUAGCCACAUGUUCGGGCGACAAAACGCUCAGGAUUUACAAUGCCGACAACUUCUCAGAGCUGCCUUUCUCGCCGCUGUCAGGACACGGCUACAGCAUCCACUGCUGCUGCUUCAGUUCCUGCGGACAGUUCCUCACCUCGUGCUCCACGGAUGCGACCACGGUGGUCUGGUCCAUGGUCACGGGCGAGAUCGAGGCCGUCCUGGAGCAUCCCGGUCGCAGCCCCGUCAGGAUCUGUGCACUCUCUCCUGACUCUGUCCACCUGGUUUCUGGUGCAUCUGACGGCACUUUGGCUCUCUGGGAUUUCCCUUCCAAACAGCUGCGCAGGACGGGGGCAGUGAGUGACACCACCAUGGUAGCCUGCUCCUUCAGCCCCUGCAGUCAGGUGUUCAUGACCGGCUCCACCUACGGAGACCUGCGUCUCUGGGACCUUAACAUGAACCAGCUCCAUGCAGAGAAGAACGCCCACGACCUGGGGGUCUCCUGCUGCACCUUCGCUCCUGCCAUCCUCAGCGGUGGUCAAGUGGUACAGUUUCGUCUGGCAUCCUGUGGACAAGACAGUCACCUGAAGAUAUGGGCCAUCAACAAGUUCAGCUCUGGAGCCUACAGGAUGCAGCUCCUGCACACAUUAUCUGACCACUCGGCUCCGGUUCUCUCCUGUGCGUACUCCUCAGACGGGCAGCUGCUUGUGUCUGGGUCUGUGGACAAAACUGUGAUAAUCUAUGAUGCUAAAAAUGCGGUUUUGCUUUACACCCUGAGCCAGCACGAGAGGUACGUGACAGCAUGUUCCUUCUCUCCAACGUCACCGCUAAUUGCUACAGGAUCUAUGGAUAAGACUGUAAACAUCUGGAAGCUGGAGGACGGAUGCAGAGAGAACGGCGGGAAGUCGCUCCCUGUGGAAUCUGCUCAGACAUCAAGAGAAGGGAGAGCCUCGGCAGGCCGAUCGAAGCUGCUGGUCAGUGAUUGGUCGGAGGACGACGUGUCAGAGUGGUUGGCGGAGGAAGGCCUCGGGGGAUUGGUGGGCAAAUUCAAGGCCAACAACAUAGAUGGGACGGAGCUGCUCGGUCUCACCAAGGAAACGCUGGCGUCAGAGCUGCACAUAGAGUCAGUAGGCCUCCGCUGUAAACUCCUGAGGAAAGUGGAGGAAAUAAAGAAUGAUUCAGUGUGUUCAGGCAUUCCCGAUGAGUUCCUGUGUCCAAUCACCAGAGAGCUGAUGAGGGAACCGGUUACUGCUGCAGAUGGCUACUCCUAUGAAAGACAGGCUAUUGAGAGCUGGAUCAACACCAAGAACCGCUCCAGCCCCAUGACCAACCUCCCCUUACUGACGACUCUGCUCACCCCUAACCACACCCUGAAGAUGGCCAUCGGCCGCUGGAAGACCAGCCGCUAGCGUCCCAAAGACCUCUGCUCCCAGCGUCUCACCCAAUGUAAAUAGAAAGAGGAUACACAUCAUUUCAGGUUCAGGUGUGUUUGAUUUUGUUCCAUUUCAUUUCAGGCGUCGGAGAGGGUUUCAUGUCACUCACUUAUAAAGCUGCAUUAAGAAAUUUUUAAACUCUUGGGAGCAGAGAGACAAACUUGCAUAAUCUUACAUAUUCUUCUGGCCAGCAUAUUGGUUAUUUAUCAGUUAUCUGCUCACACACACAGCAGAGUGAGAAAAGAGCGAUAUGGUUGUCCCAGUUUUGGCCACUUCAAGUUUGCAGUCCAGUAGUUGCUUUGGUAGACUUUUAACUGAGUGAAAUUGCAGGACUGAAAGGAGAUAAUGCCGUUGGAUUCUCUCAGCACCGUGACUGCCUUUUCCUAAGUCCUUCUGGAGUUUUGCUAACACCUUUUCCCAACCUCGUGACGUUCUCCAUCGAAGUUGAGGAAAAACGUUUAAGAAAAGACACAUGAUGUAACGUUUUCGACUAUUUGAUCGCUGCGCUGGUUUGGUUUGCUGCCUCCACAGGAAGGACUAUAGAUUAAAUGUUCAACUUUCUCCAACAGUCAAUCAAUCAAGUGCUAGACAGAAAACAUCCAUAAAAUACAAAAUGUCGGCAACGCUGUAGGCUCAUAGUGUAACAAAUUAAAGUCUGAAAUGCAUGAAUAAGUGUUUUAUAACUUGGCCUUGUUCAGGUUUAACUUUUCUAAUAAUCACCUUGCCAUUGCUUGUAGCAGAAGCUAUGUAGUGAUUUUUAUUUAUAUAAUUUUUAUCAACAAAGAACCUUAAACUAUGCGGUUUAUCAUUUUUUAAAAAGCAAGUUUUAGUACUAAACCAAAAAACUGUGAGCUGUAGAAGUCUGAGAACUACAUAGAACAGAUUUGGUGAUUGAUUUGCAGUUGGAUGAGCAGCACUAACAACCACAUCACAUUACAGAGAAUAUACAGUGUCUUUAAUUGAAAUUUAAAUACACUAUUUGCACCAUCUGUAUGUAAUCUUUAUAUGUGUGUGUUUUUUUAUUUUUAGAUCGCCCUUACACUGCAGAACCUUGCUCAUUACAAACCCCACGGGAAUAGCGCUUGGCUAAGGUAGUUUAUGGUGUACUUCCCUAUAUGAACAAACAUCCAGCUUAUAUUGAAGUGUAUGACAUUAAUGAAGAGAUUUUUUUGUAAUAUUCAGAAACUGCAGUGUCCACAGUUUUAUACAAAUAGUUUAUUUUAAUGACUUGCUUAAAUAACUUGUGUUGUACCGUGAAAGGAAAAGACCUUUUACACUCCAAAGCAACAUUUUAGGGGUUAUACUGUGAAAGAAAUAGAUGUAGAAAUGCAGUCCUCCAUUAAUAUUUUAUUAUACCACAGUAAUGUUGUGGCAACAUUCUGUAUACCAUAGUAUGAAUCUGAAAAGGGGUAUGUGACGACUAUGGACAUACAGCAAUGUAGUAAGUCUCUUAAGUUGUUUUUUUUUAUCCUACACUCUGUAAAUGCUCUCUCUGUGUCCAAAUAAAUCAAUAAACACUUCAUAAGAA